AUGAGUCAAAAAGUGCAUCUCCUGGCGUUGCUGUCGUCGUUGAUAUGGAUUGCAACAGCGAAAACGGUAUCGGUCAUACCUCACGACGCUCAUCCCGGUUACAGUGUUCAAAAAUUCAACAAUUCGGAGAAUUUAAAGCUCCUCGAUUCGGACUUUUCCCAGUUUUUUACAAUGCUCCAAGACGGUUCGAUAAUGACCGUUUCGGAUGUCAGCCCUUUAGUCAAUCAUCCCAUAGAUUUAGUGGUGCUCGAAGAGAAAGGCAACAUCAGUACGAAACACCGACUUCAGUUGUACGUUCUCGAUAGACGGAAUAUGCUGAGCUUCGAUCUCGACGAGGAGAUCUUGGGCCACAUAUCGGAGAAUUCGCCGGCCGGCACGAGGGUGGCUGAUCUACCUUUGCUUCGAGCUACUAGCGAUUUGAACGUUCCUGUUACUUACACCAUAAUAGCGGGAAAUAUAGAAAGUUCUUUCGAAUUGCAAGAUAGCGUUACUGGCGAUGUGUUACCGAAUAUAACCACAACUUCCGCUGUAAACGUAGUUUCCACGCAAAUUCUAGAUCGCGAAGAAACCAGUAGAUACGUUCUUACAAUACAAGCUGUCGAUCCUACCGGCAUAAACAAAGCAGUAGCUAACGUUGUUAUAGACGUUGAAGACGAAAACGACAACAGCCCGGUGUUCACCCAAAAAGUUUACAGAUUUGUGGUAGGUGACGACAGCAUGGACGGCGAUAAUGUCACCAUGGCCUGGAAGCGCUUUUCUUCCAUCGGCCGCGUUGAAGCCACAGAUUCAGACGGCGACAAAGUCGCUUACAAACUAGUAACUCCUACCAACUUCUUAGUUAUGGUGCCGCAAACCGGCGAUUUACUGCUCAGCCAAGAACCGAUCGAAGAAGUAGAACUAGAGCUAGUAGUGGAAGCGCACGAUCUACGUACCCCCAGUAGAACAUCCCCUAGACCCGCUCAAGUGAUCUUCCAUUUUAAGCCCACCGAAUCGCCCAAAGUCGACAUAGACUUGGACUUCCAGCAUCUGGAAGAGGUCGAAUUGCACCGGAUUAAGAGACGUGUCACGCGCGCUGUCAGGCCCACCAAGAGAAUUGAAUUUACGGAAACCGAUGGCGAGACAGAUGGACGUGUCGUUUUUCAAUUGGAGAAGGAAACCGACCGGGAAACGUUUAAAAUCAGGGAUGAGAAUCCGUGGGUGACUGUCGAUCCUAAUGGUUCCGUUAGGGUGAAGAAGAAGUGGGAUUAUGAAGAGUUGGGUCCAGAGAAGACAAUCGAUUUUUGGGUGACCAUUACCAACGCUGAAAAAGGAGACACCGACAACCAGCGAGUGAUUAUCCACGUGCGAGACGUCAACGACGAGCCACCCUAUUUCAUCAACCGACCCUUGCCCAUGCAGGCCGUGGUGCAACUGAACGCGCCCCCUAAUACGCCCGUUUUCACCCUCCAGGCUCGUGACCCCGAUACGGACCACAAUAUACAUUAUUUCAUCGUGAGGGACAGGACCGGCGGCAGGUUCGAGGUUGAUGAACGCUCCGGCGUGGUUCGAACGAGAGGAACCGAUCUGUUCCAAUUAGACAUGGAAUACGUUUUGUACGUCAAAGCUGAAGAUCAAAACGGCAGAUUAGACGAAAGGAGAUUCCAGAGCACGCCCGAGGAACGACUGUCCAUCGUGGGUGGAAAGCGAGCGCCUCAGUUUUACAUGCCCAGUUACGAAGCGGAAAUCCCUGAAAAUCAAAAGAAGGAUUCAGACAUUAUAUCAGUAAAAGCGAAAUCCUUCGCCGAUCGUGAAAUCCGGUACACGUUGAAAGCCCAAGGACAAGGCGCCGGAACUUUUAAUAUCGGUCCCACCUCGGGAAUCGUAAAAUUAGCAAAAGAAUUGGAUUUCGAGGACUUGCGACAACCGCACGUUUAUUCCCUUGUCGUCACCGCUACGGAAGAUUCCGGAGGAUUUUCGACAUCUGUAGAGUUAACGAUACGAGUGACAGACGUGAACGAUAACGCACCGAAAUUCGAAUUGCCCGACUACCAAGCUCACAACGUUGACGAAGACAUCCCUCCGGGAAGCAGCAUCUUGAAAGUCAAAGCCAUGGACGCGGAUAGCGGCACCAACGCCGAAAUAGAAUACCUAGUAUCCGACGAUCAUUUCAGCGUCGAUCCAAUGGGGAUAAUCUCCAAUCACAAGCAGCUAGAUGCCGAUAACAACAACGCUUAUUACGAAUUCGUCGUUACGGCCAAAGACAAAGGCGAACCGGCGAAAACCGGAACCGCCACUGUUAGGGUCUACACCAAGAAUAAAAACGAUGAAGAACCGAAGUUUUCCCAGCAGGUUUACACCCCUAACGUCGACGAGAACGCCGGUCCUAACACGCUAGUGACCACUGUCGUAGCUUCCGAUAAGGACGGUGAUAACGUUAGAUUCGGCUUCGUAGGCGGAGGAACGAGUUCCGGGCAAUUCGUAAUCGAAGAAAUCACCGGUGUGAUCCGGUUGCACAACAAAGCCAUAUCACUGGAUAGGGACAAGUACGAGUUAAACGUAACCGCCAUGGACGACGGCGCUUGCUGUCCCAACGGGGACGCCACCAUUCACACGAGCACUGCCGUGGUCGUGGUCUUCAUCACCGACGUCAACGACAACAAACCGAUCUUCAAGGACUGCGGAACGUACUAUCCCAAAGUGGAAGAAGGCGCUCCGAACGGGUCUCCCGUAAUCAAAGUCCACGCGACGGACGAGGACAAAGGCGUCAACGGCCAGGUGAAGUACUCCAUAGUGCAGCAACCCAACCAGAAGGGCACCAAGUUCACUGUCGACGAAGAAACGGGAGAGGUUUCAACCAAUAAAGUUUUCGAUCGCGAGGGAGAUGAUGGAAAGUUCGUUUCCGUAACAGUCAAGGCCACGGAUCAAGGCGAGCCGUCCUUGGAAGGCGUCUGUUCGUUUACUGUGGAAAUAACUGAUGUAAACGAUAACCCGCCGCUGUUUGAUAGACAAAAAUACGUUGAAAACGUGAAACAAGACGCCAGUAUAGGAACAAACAUCCUUCGGGUUUCUGCAUCGGACGAAGACGCCGAUAAUAACGGAGCCAUAGUGUAUACGCUAAACGCCGGUUCGAACGCCGCCGAUUUGGAAUAUUUCGAAAUACAACCUGAAUCGGGUUGGAUUGUGUUGAAGAAACCCCUAGACCGCGAGACCUACAAGUUAGAGGCGACCGCCCAAGAUAAAGGCUACCCUCCCCUGUCCCGUUCCGUGGAAGUCCAGAUAGAUGUCGUGGAUCGCGCUAACAACCCCCCGGUGUGGGAUCACACUGUUUACGGCCCCAUCUUCAUACGGGAAAACUUCCCGGUCGGGGCCAAAGUGGUGUCUGUGAAGGCCAGUUCUGGCAUAGAGAACAACCCGACCGUCUUUUACCGACUCAUGCCCGGAUCCACGGCCCAAACCAACAAGUACCACACCUUCUAUCUGCAGCAGAGGCCGGACAAUGGUUUCACAUGGGCCGACAUAAAAGUCAAUCAUCCAUUAGAUUACGAGACGAUCAAAGAAUAUAAUCUAACCAUCAGAGUUGAGAACAACGGUGCUCAACAAUUGGCUUCUGAAGCGACGGUUUACAUACAGCUUGAGGACGUAAAUGACGAGAUACCAUUGUUUACUGAACGUGAACAGGAAACUGUACUGGAAGGGGAGCCGAUUGGAACUAAAGUGACACAAGUUAAUGCCAUCGAUAAGGAUGGAACUUUUCCUAACAAUCAAGUGUAUUACUAUAUCGUGGACUCUCCGCGUAACGAGGGCAAAGACUUUUUCGAAAUAAAUAAAGAAACGGGCGAAGUGUUUACGAAAAUCGUGUUCGAUAGAGAAAAACAGGGCGCGUACGCGUUGGAAAUCGAGGCGAGAGAUGGUGCACCGUCCGCCAGACCAAACAGUGAUAACGAACCCAAUUCAGUGACCAAAUUCAUUCGUAUUGGAAUCGCCGAUAAAAAUGACAAUCCUCCUUAUUUCGAUAAGGCCCUCUACGAGGCGGAAGUCGACGAAAAUGAAGACAUUCAACAUACUGUCCUCACCGUCACCGCCAAAGAUCACGAUGAAUCUUCCCGUAUUCGAUACGAGAUCACAAGCGGUAACAUAGGUGGUGCAUUCGCCGUUAAAAACAUGACCGGAGCUAUUUAUGUGGCCGGAGCGUUGGAUUAUGAGACGAGGAAAAGGUAUGAACUCCGCCUAGCUGCCUCCGACAACUUGAAGGAGAACUACACGACAGUCGUAAUACACGUCAAAGACGUCAACGAUAACCCUCCGGUGUUUGAAAGGCCCACGUACAGAACUCAAAUCACCGAGGAGGACGACAGAAAUUUACCGAAAAGCGUCUUAAGGGUGACAGCAACGGAUGGAGACAAAGAUAGGCCGCAGAAUAUUGUUUACUUUUUGACUGGACAAGGUAUCGACCCUGAUAAUCCUGCUAACAGCAAAUUCGACAUCAACAGAACAACCGGCGAAAUAUUCGUAUUAAAGCCCCUAGACCGCGAUCAACCGAACGGGAGACCACAAUGGCGCUUCACCGUAUUCGCCCAAGACGAAGGAGGUGAAGGUCUCGUCGGUUACGCAGAUGUGCAAGUAAAUCUCAAAGAUAUUAACGACAACGCUCCGAUUUUCCCUCAAGGGGUUUACUUCGGAAACGUCACCGAAAACGGCACGGCCGGAAUGGUUGUUAUGACAAUGACAGCCGUAGACUACGAUGAUCCCUCCGAAGGCACGAACGCUAAGUUGGUAUAUUCGAUCGAAAAGAAUGUGAUAGAAGAGGAAACGGGUUCGCCUAUAUUCGAAAUAGAAUCGGAAACGGGCGUGAUAAAAACCGCAGUCUGUUGCUUGGAUAGAGAAAGAACGCCCGAUUACUCGAUACAAGUAGUGGCGAUGGACGGGGGCGGUUUGAAAGGAACGGGAACGGCCUCGAUACGUGUGAAGGAUAUCAAUGACAUGCCGCCGCAAUUCACGAAAGACGAGUGGUUUACCGAAGUGGAUGAAACAGACGGUGCAACGCUCCCCGAAAUGCCUAUACUCACGGUUACAGUUCACGACGAGGACGAGACCAACAAAUUCCAGUACAAAGUAAUAGAAAACAGCGGAUACGGAGCGGAUAAAUUCACAAUGGUCCGGAAUAACGAUGGCACCGGCUCCUUAAAAAUCGUCCAACCGCUCGACUAUGAAGACCUCCUUCAGAGCAACGGCUUCCGAUUCAGAAUUCAAGUCAAUGACAAAGGUGAAGACAACGACAACGAUAAAUACCACGUGGCCUAUUCGUGGGUAGUAGUUAGAUUAAGGGACAUUAACGACAAUAAGCCGCAAUUCGAACGACCCAACAUCGAAGUAUCGGUGUUCGAGAACGCCGAGGUCGGGAAAAGUUUGGAAACUUUCAAAGCCACUGACCCCGAUCAAGGUGGGAAAAGCAAAGUUUCCUACGCUAUCGACAGGACGUCCGAUAGAAAACGACAAUUUUCAAUUAAUCAAGAAGGUACUGUGAGUAUACAACGAUCGUUAGAUAGGGAAGACACACCUAGACAUCAAGUUAAGAUACUCGCUAUCGACGAUGGCUAUCCCCCUAAAACUGCAACGGCCACUCUAACGGUUAUCGUACAAGAUAUUAACGAUAACGCACCGACGUUCCUCAAAGAUUACAGACCAGUUGUACCGGAGCACGUUCCACCUAGAAAAGUUGUCGAAUUAUUGGCUACUGAUGACGAUGAUAGAUCUAAAAGCAACGGACCACCAUUCCAGUUUAGACUCGACCCCAGCGCUAGUGAUAUCGUUAGAGCAUCCUUCAAAGUAGAACAAGAUCAAAAGGGUGCAAACGGAGACGGUAUGGCCAUUAUAACAUCUCUUCGUUCUUUCGAUAGAGAACAACAAAAAGAAUAUUACAUUCCAAUAGUAAUUAAAGACCACGGAAAUCCCGCCAUGACUGGCACUAGUACGUUAACUGUAGUCAUUGGAGACGUUAACGAUAACAAAAUGCAACCCGGUUCAAAGGAAAUAUUUGUGUAUAAUUAUCAAGGUCAAGCACCAGAAACGGAAAUAGGCAGAGUCUACGUCUACGAUUUGGACGAUUGGGAUCUUCCUGAUAAGAAAUUCUACUGGGAUGGAGGAAUCGACCACCCAAGAUUCAAAUUGAAUGAAGACACCGGAAUGAUUUCUAUGAAGUCAGGAACAAGGGAUGGAAUAUACCACUUGAAAUUCAAAGUUUACGAUCGCAAACACACCCAAACCGAUGUAGCAGCCAACGUAACAGUUACCGUUAAGGAAAUUCCUCAUGAGGCUGUUGUUAACUCAGGUUCGGUCCGCAUAGCAGACAUAACAGACGAAGAAUUCAUCAGAAUAUGGGACUACCACUCUCAAAGUCUAUCCAAAAGCAUGUCCGAGAAAUUCCGCGAUAAAAUAGCAGAUUUAUUAAACAUUAACCGAGAAAAUGUUGACGUAUUUAGCGUACAACUAAGAAGAAAACAUCCGCCCGUAACUGACGUAAGAUUUUCAGCCCACGGUUCACCGUAUUACAAGCCGGUCCGUUUGAAUGGAAUAGUUUUAAUGCACAGAGAAGAAAUCGAAAGAGCUGUCGGUAUCAACAUCACCAUGGUCGGUAUAGACGAAUGUUUGUACGAAAAUCAAAUGUGCGAAGGUUCUUGUACCAACACAUUAGACAUAAGUGCCUUACCUUACAUGGUCAACGCCAAUAAAACUGCUCUCGUUGGAGUUAGAGUCGACGUCCUAGCGGAAUGCACCUGCGGCGCAAGAAACUUCAGCAAAGAAGAAAAUUGUCGAAACACCCCUUGCUACAACGGCGGAAGGUGCAUUGAAAGUAGAUACUCGUUGUCUUGUUCUUGUCCAGCUGGUUAUAACGGACCUAGGUGCCAGCAAACAUCUCGUAGCUUCAGAGGAAACGGAUGGGCUUGGUAUCCGGCACUAGAAAUGUGCGAUAAAUCGCAUUUGCAUUUCGAAUUCAUAACGCGCAAACCGGACGGACUUCUGCUCUACAACGGGCCCAUCGUUCCGCCGGAAAAAGACGAAAUUAUGGUUUCAGACUACGUUGCCGUGGAAUUAGAACGCGGUUACCCCCGCUUACUCUUAGACUUCGGUUCCGGUACAUUAGAAUUGAGAGUUAAAACGAAGAAAACUUUAGACGAUGGUGAAUGGCACCGCUUAGAUAUAUUUUGGGACACAGAAAACGUUCGCAUGGUAGUCGACUAUUGUAAGUCAGCAGACAUCUCGGAAAUGGAAGACGGCACUCCUCCAGAAUUCGACGAUAGCAGUUGCCAAGCACAAGGCACUAUUCCUCCGUUUAACGAGUACCUGAACGUAAACGCACCGUUGCAACUGGGAGGUCUGUACGUGGAACAAUUCGAUCCGACUCACUACCACUGGCAAUACAUGCCUGUCGGUAAAUCGUUCGACGGUUGCAUCAGGAACCUCUUCCACAACUCGAAACUAUACGACUUGGCCCAUCCGGGUUUAUCUAGGCACAGCGUGCCGGGUUGCCCUCAAACAGAAGAGGUGUGCGGUCGAUCAGAAACCACAGCUAGAUGCUGGGAGCACGGAUCAUGCGUGGGAAGCUUCAACGAAGCCAAGUGUCAUUGCCAUCCCGGUUUCACCGGCCCAUCUUGCUCUCUAAAAACAACACCAACAUCCUUCAAGCCUCAAUCGUACGUUAAAUACGCGUUGAGCUUCGAACCCGAUCGAUACGCCACGCAAAUGCAGCUCAGAUUCAGAACCAGAGAAGAACACGGAGAGUUGUUCAGGAUCUCCGAUCAACACAACCGCGAGUACGCCAUAUUGGAGAUAAAAGACUCCAGGCUGUAUUUCCGGUAUAAUUUGAAUUCUCUGAGGACGGAGGAAAAGGAUAUUUGGCUAAGCGCUGUUCCGGUGGACGAUGGUCAGUGGCACGUGGCUCGAGUUAGCCGAUAUGGCUCCGCGGCGACGCUGGAACUCGACGGAGGCGAAGGUAGAAGGUACAACGAAACGUUCAAUUUCAUAGGUCACCAGUGGUUGCUAGUCGAUAAGCAAGAGGGAGUUUACGCCGGAGGAAAGGCGGAAUACACCGGUGUAAGGACGUUCGAGGUGUACGCAGAUUAUCAAAAAGGUUGUUUGGAUGACAUUCGAUUGGAUAACAAGCAUUUACCCCUACCACCGGCCAUGAAUGGUACUCAGUGGGGUCAAGCUACAAUGGCUAGAAAUCUGGAGAAGGAUUGUCCUUCGAAUAAACCUUGCGCAAACGUGAUUUGCCCGGAUCCGUUUGAAUGCGUUGAUCUGUGGAAUGACUACGAGUGCACAUGCCCGCAAGGCUACCAAUUCCAUGAGAAUAGUUGUAUCAACGAAAACGAAUGCAUGUGGUUACCAUGCACUAACGGAGGAAUCUGUAAAGAUUACGAACCCCCCUUAAGGUACGAAUGCUUGUGUCCUUUGGGCUACACGGGAGGUCACUGUGAAUUAGAACUAGCAUCAGCCGGAGCCAUAAUGCCGUCCACAGAUUUCAUAUUGGCUAUUAUUAUCUGUUUAAUAGUGCUUCUCGAUUUUACUGGUAAAUGCUUUGUGCAUGUAAAAUUAAAGCACCUUACCUUUAUGUGCACAGUCCUAGUUUUAGUGUUUGUCGUGUACAACAGACGUCGAGAGUCUCACAUAAAAUACCCAGGUCCCGAUGAUGAUGUCCGUGAAAAUAUCAUCAAUUACGACGACGAAGGCGGCGGAGAAGACGACAUGACCGCCUUCGAUAUUACUCCCCUUCAAAUUCCUAUUGGAGGGCCCAUACCCGAAUUAGCACCGCCAAAGAUUGGAUUUAUUGUGGGAGUUGGUCAGGAACCCAACGUUGGUGUGUUCCUGGACGAGCAAAAGAAAAGAGCCGAUAGCGACCCAAACGCCCCACCUUUCGACGAUCUCAGGAAUUACGCUUAUGAAGGAGGCGGCAGUACUGCUGGGUCCCUCAGUUCCUUGGCAUCAGGUACAGACGAUGAAGCUCAAGAAUACGACUACCUGGGCGCCUGGGGACCUCGCUUCGGCAAGUUAGCAGACAUGUAUGGUCCUGGAGAAGAGACUGAACAGGAAGAAUAA